AUGUUUGUCAAUUUGGAUGGACAGAUGAAGAAUUUGACAUUUUAUAAUCUUGCAGAAGAUGCAAAAAGGAGAUUCAAGGACAUAGUAAAUGCUGUGGCAACUACAAAGCUCAUUGAUGGAGAGAAGUUUGUGGUUCUAAAACGUCACCCUCGAGGGGGUGAUCUUGAGGAUGAAACAUGUAGCAUAAGCAGUGAUGUGAGCAGUAGUUCAACUGCAAGUUCAUCAUCUUAUCCUCAGCCUUAUCCUCCAGCCCUUGCAUAUUUUCACCAUCAAGGGCCAUAUCCUCCUAUUUAUCGGUCACCACCCCCGCUUCAGCUUCCUACUUCUCCCUUAUCCAAUCCUGGAACACCUGGCUUUUCUCCUAGACAACCUCCUCCAUAUAGACCUCCUCCUGGACCUCCUCCUGGACCCCCCCCAGGACCUCCUCCAGGACCCCCUCCAGGACCCCCUCCAGGAUACAAAAAGCAGCUCCCACCUCCACCACUCCCACCUCCUGCCUCAUCACAUCAACCCCCUCCACCUUCUCCUCCCUCAUCACAUCAAGCCCCCCCACCUUCUCCUCCUGCUGUACCUCCCAGGAAAAAGCAUCUUCAGUCAAGGAAGGAAAACUUGGCUCCCAUCCCAAUUGAUUCCUUCAGACCUUGCAAGGCAUAUUAUGUGAUGUACAUCUCUUAUGUGAUGUGGCAGGAUGAUGAAGAGGAGGAAUUGUCUGUCAGUGUCAAGGAAAGAACUCAGAAAUUUGACAAGAUUGCAUCAGAGAGUCAGCUGGGAAUUGGGAAGUUGCCAGUGCCUGCUUAUUAUAGGAGGAGUCGUCCGGGAGAGAAGGCUGCUGCUUCUGAAGAUGAUGACAAUGCUUCUGUUGCAACUUAUGAUCCACAAAUGCGAGAUUGGGUCAUGCUAUGUGCCAAGGGAGAAUACCAAGGAAUGGCACGGAUGUUGCAAGACAACCCCAAAUUGGCCUCUCAUAAGGAUUAUCUGACGGUGAGUCUGCCUUUUGUCAGUGUGAGUCAUAACUCCAGUCUUUCACAGAUAGGUCUUAUCAAGUCUCCCGUCCCAUUGUGUGAGGUAGAGAAGUCCUCCAUUGUUCUCUCGUUGCUCUCAAUCAUCCCAUCUCCCUCCCUGUCUCUCAUUCCGUAUCCUAUCCAUUGGGCUGCCAAGCACGGAGAUUUGAAUAUGGUGAAACUCAUAGCCGGAACCCACCGCGCAGACGUCAACGUGAGAACGGGUUAUUCGCCACUUCAUCUCGCUGCUCAGUUUGGCCGGGAAAAAGCCUAUGAUCUCCUCACCCAGACGUACGGGGCUGAUGCCAGUAUGAGGGAUUACCACGGGAAGAAGCCGCAUCAGUACAAGGCUCGCAUGGAAUCGGAAGUAUCGGCUGAGAAAUUCCGCAAAAAAGAUCCUCGUUUUCUACGAAUUGGUUCAAUCAACGUAAAGGUGAAAAAGACAGCUGAGGCCUUCAACCAACUCCUCACCAAUACAAGCUUGAAGUCUUCCAGUACAUCACAGACAAGGCUGUCCCAUAAGCCUUGGGGAUCAGCUGACAACAUCCAGCAGGCAAGUGUUCUCUCAAGUGAGAUUGAUCUGCGUCUAAUGCCUCCUCCUGAUUCUAAAUAUGCACCACUCAAGAGGAGAAAACGAACUGAUAGAAAAGUGGAGCUAAAUGAGAGGUAUUCAAGUCCACCCAUUGAACAAAGAAGCAGCAUGAGUGAAUCUGAUUCAGAUGGUGCCUGUGGUUUUGGGCCAGACUGGCAUGCAGAAUUGGAAAACUGAGUCACCUUGCUCAUGAGAGCACAGUAUAUGCAUAGAAUGAUAAAAUGCAAUUGUUGGACACCAUCUCUCAGACUUCUUAAUUGCAUUUAUUUUGCUGAAGCAUCUUACACUCCUUGUUAUCCUUGUGAGCAGUUGGGAAAUUUUUUAUGGGGAGGGUAUCAUGAGAUAUGAAGGGGU